ACAUGGCGGACGUCGACUACGUCUUCAAGGUUCUCGUACUUGGAGACAGUUCUGUUGGAAAAUCAAGUCUUAUUAAGAGAUUUCACUCAAAUGUGUUUGAUCAAAGACUUCCAACGACUAUUGGAGUCGACUUUUUUAUCCAUGACCUUGAAGUAGACGGGAAAAAAGUCAAGCUACAACUCUGGGACACUGCAGGGGAGGAGAGAUUCAGGCAAAAUGGAUUGACCAAUUCAUAUUACAGGGGUGCCAAUGGUGCACUUGUAGUGUUUUCUCUGACGUCUUACAAAUCAUUUGAAAGUGUGAAAAAUCUCUGGUUAGAAGAGUUUUACCACAAAAGUGGCUCAGAUACAAUUACCAUUCUUGUGGCCAACAAAUGUGACUUGGAAGAUAAAAGAGAAGUGGAUGAAGCUGACAUUCGGGAAUUUGCAGAAUUAAAUUCCAUGUGUUGGCUAGAAACAAGCGCCAAGGACUGCACUAAUGUACAAGAGGCUUUUGAAACAAUGGCAUACAAACUGUGCGAGAGUCACGAGCAAUAUCUGUCAUUCGACUCAGAACACAGCAGUGGUCCAGGAAGCUUUACUCUUCAUGGUGCUUAUGGUGUGCCACGACAACCAACCAGUAGUGCCAGCUAUUGUGGUUGUACCUCAACAUAACAAUGCCUGUUGUACAGUGUUUUCAUCAGUAAGGCUGGUUUUCAUUAGCAGUUAGCAUAACCCAGCAUAAACUUGAUAUAAGCAUAUUAAGCACAAAACUUGGUGGCAGAGUUGUGUGAAAGUCUAUGCUACAUAAUUAUCUUUCUCUACAGCAUGACCAGUUUUUAAAAGGCUUGCUUCUGCAAACCGUGACCUGAGAAUGAGCACAAGAACAAAACAUUUCUCACAGUUUAUGUUUACUACAAGUCAACAAAUGUCCUUCUUAUGUGUACCAUAUGCUUUUAAUGAAAACCAGCCUUAAAAGUUAUAAAAAAUGCAUUGUUUUAAUCCUCACAAGUUUACAGAAUUUUUUCAAUAACAAGACGAUUUUUUUUUAAUUUUAAAUUUUUUGUUUUAUAAUUUUGGAAUAGGUAGAAAAAAUUUCAGGGAAAAAAGUUUUCCAAACUUUUAUCCCAUCAAUUCUCUUUAAAUAGACACUACUGACUAUCAAGUGUCCAAUGGCUGUAAAAGGUGUUCAUCUUAAGCAUAGUUAGGUUACAGUACAAUGAAAAACAUUGCAAUAGAUUCCUUGAGAGACUCAGUCUAGUAAUAGGUGGCCAAUAGGCUUAAGCACAAAUGUAACAUUUUAAAAAAAACGACUGCAGCACAGUAGAGACCAUGCUUGUUCUUUUAUAGUCUCGUUGUUAGAAUUUUACAAUUUUAUUACAUUACUGUACAUACCACUAUGUUGGUGUACAGUUUCUUGUUCAGGGAAAUCGACAUGUAGAAGCCUGAACAAUUAUUUGAACAAAUCAUUAUUUAAACAGGUUUGCCAACACACAACAGCUUACUUCAUAAUACAUCUCAAGGGAUUAAUAAUAUGUGAAUCACUCUUAUAAAGUAUGGCUGGGUUUACAUCGACACGCAAGCCAUGAACACUUAACAUUUUUUGGUGCUUAUAUGGUUGAUGGUUUCACAUUCUAAGAGGACUAAUUUUAACGUUUUAGUUGAAGAGCCCUCACAGAAAGGAAAAAAUGCACAAAAAUGUUAAGAGUUGUGUACUUGCUGUUAGUAAUAAAAAUUAGCUUUGUUCAUUUUAUUUGCCUGAAACUUCAGUGCUUAUGACAAGUAGAAGAAGGGCACCAUUAUAUAGCUCUUAACAAAAAUUCUACACAACUUGAAUGAUAUUGAUGAUAAUCUUUAUUGCUCACUGAUGUGAUUUUAUUUUAUACAGCUAGGAUGAUCAGUGAAGUUAGCUCAUACUUAGGAUGAAUGCACACAUACAGUAGUAAAACUAGUAUAGACCUCUUAAAUAUUGAAAGAUUAAAUUAAUAGGGGAAAAACAAAGCUUGCAAGCUCCAUUAACUAUCUCUGUUUACAUUACUGCUUCUUUCUCCAUGCAGUUGUUAUUCAGUAAUAUGAAUGUAAACGUUAUUGUAGCUAUUAUGCUUGACUACAUGUAUGUAUCAAAAAGUGCAAGCUGUGUCUAAAUGAGAGUAACUUACAGUGACAAGUAGUUAGAGAUGUACUGAACAGUAUGAGCUACAGGUGAUAUCAGCAAUUGCAUUACUGAACACUGCUGACACAAAUUGACUUGAACUAACUGCUUAUUGUAUUGACCGCAUUGCUAGGUGCGACUUAUACUUUUGGAAAUAAGAACAGACAUUCCUAAACUGACAAGGGCAAACAAAUUGCCACACAUUAGAAAUUGGGUACGGUAUCCAUAAUGACCUCAGUCAACAAAAUAGACAAACUAUGGACUCAUCUUUGAUCUAGAGUAGAAACAGACCAAAUGUGACUACAGAUGGAUUGAACCUUAGCACAACUUUGUAGUAUUUUAUAGACUAAAUAAAUAUCUCUGGUAUUCAUCCA